GAUCGAUGUCUGCUGAUGUGGUGAACGGCUGAUGUGUACACCUAGCCACGUCACCACGUGGAGUCAAUUAUCAAUAAAAACUGAAGAGGUGUAAACAGCAAAACACAUACAACUUAGGCUUUAUCUUCAACUGGAGAGAAUGAAAACGGCAAGUGCGGUGCUACUUUUCUUAUAUGUCUUCAAAUUAUCCAGAGCAGAGGAUUGUGACGUCAGGAUGUGGUAUCUGAAAAUGACGACAAAAGGAGUUUUUGACGGGGAACUGAGCGAGGAGAAAUUAUUCAUACAAAAGACAAUUAAUGACAUGGUUUUAAUCAGCAAAAAGGAUCAAACGAAACGAAAAGUAAGCUGCGCUGUUCUAGAAAUGUAUGAAGAAAUGCUAAAACCCGACGAAGAAGGGGACGCAGCUGGCACGCAAGAUGACAACGAAGAGGGUCAAGGCCAAGAAAGAAAUAGUUUAGAUAAAACGGAGGACAUUGAGUCUGGAGGAAGGGAGGACACUGAGUCAGGAGGAAGGGAGGACAAUGAGUCAGGAGGAAGGGGUGACACUGAGUCAGAGGGAAGGGAUGACACUGAGUCAGGAGGAAGGGAGGACACUGAGUCAGGAGGAAGGGCAAGCACUGAGUCAGAGGGAAGGGAUGACACUGAGUCAGGAGGAAGGGAAGACACUGGGUCAGGAGGAAGGGAGGACACUGAGUCAGAGGGAAGGGAGGACACUGAGUCAGGAGGAAGGGAGGACACUGAGUCAGGAGAGUCACUAGCCGGUAGUGCAGUAGGAACGGAAAACCCCGAGUCAAAACUGAACGAAGACCGAUUGAGUGAAGAUGUUUCAGCACUCACAGGGGAUGUAAAUGACGAUGACACGGACCCAAUUGUGGAUGAUAGUGAAGAGACUGUUGAUCACUCAACAGAUAAAGGUACAGAUUUACACAAUGGAUUGGAAGCCGAUGAAACAGAAGUAUUUUCUGAUGAUUCCGAUGGCGAGGAAGAAAUGGAGGAAAUUAAGGAAUUAAAUUCAAAUGAAGAACAUGUUUUGUCAGGUGGUUCAUCAGAUGAUUUAGAAAAAGUCGAACACGAAGAAAUAGCAUUGUUAACGAUGGAUGAAUUGGAAGGAACAAUUACAGCUGAUGGCGAUAAUUCUGUGGAAAUUCAUAAGGAAGCUAUAACCACUGGUGAGGGUGCUAUUGGGGAAAGCAAGGAAGACGAAGAAGAAAAACACGACGAUCCUAAAGUCCCCGUGGAGACGGAAAAGGAACCGACAGAAAGUGAAUCUGAGAGAGAUAAAAACGUGGAUCAAAGACAAAUAGAACAAACUGAAAAUGAGAACAAAGACAAGAAACCGGCAAUAAAAGACGAAUUAGAUACAGGUGACAGUGCUGUUGUGAAUAAAAAGGAAACAAAGGAAGGCGGCUUGGAUGAUGCGUCUAGAGCUAGUGAAAACGAAGAGGAAGAAAUAGAUAAAAACAACGAGAAUGAAGACGAUAAGAAACUAACCGACGAUGGGAAAUAUGGCGGUUCUGAAUUAGAGAACGUUCACAGAACAGAAACAGAAAGCACGGUAAUACUGGAUAUAAACGGAGGAUACGGAAACAAAGAGUCAACCGGAGGCAAUAUCUCUGAAUUGUCCUUCAAUACAUCAGCUACCGACAGGGACGUUUUAAAGGAACUCAAAAGUGCAAAAGGAGAAAAUGAAAACAACACAAUCUCUUUUGCGACAUGCAGAAAAGAUCGCAGUUACCGGUUCGAUAUAUUCGACCACGUGCAGAAAAGAUAUAGUUUUGUAGAAAAUACGAAACAUAACAAUAAAACGGAAACGCAUAAUAAUACCAGUCAUGGUAAAUAUACGUUAAACCAAGAAAUCAGUAGAUCGAGUUUAUCUUUUCCGACGAACUUAACUAACAGUCGACUUGUGUGUUCACCGUGUAGUCUGCUGAUGAAGUACUACACAGUUAACACUUCAUGUAGUGUUGAUACUAUUUCAAGUAUAUACACUCAAUUAAAAUCAAACGAAACGCAAAAUAAUCAAACUAACACUCACAGUAAUAACACAGAAUCUACACCAGGGCGGGAAGCAUUGAAUUCCGUAAAAACCGAGGAAACACAAACCAACAUUUCGGAAACAUUAUCAAGUACUACUGAUGCUGACGAAGAAAGCAAAGAUAUUGAAUCAGGCGCAAAAAUACAUGACACAAACGUUGAGGUCUUAAAAGUAACCGGUAAGCAUGGAGAUGAGGCGGAAUCAAAAGAAACGGACGAAACGGGUAUAGAUAAAGACAGAACACCCGGUGUUGAUAGUAAAACAGCAAGUAUUGAUACCAAUGCUCGAAACAAGCCUACAGAGAUGGAAAUGUUCGAAAACAGUUUAGUUAACGAUCAACCUAAUGAAAAAAGUCUACAAAUUUCGAAUGAAAGACGAUCAAGUGAUGAAAUAUUACCACCAGACGCAAGUUUAUAUUCACUGAAAGAUGAUGUCAAGAGCAUGGAUGUAAACAAAGGUAGUGAUGAAAAGUUAUCUACGGAAGAGAAUGGAUCAGCAGCUGAUGGAACGACGGAACAUAAAACAGGUCGUCAUGGAAACAUAGAAACUGCAAACACAAUAACAUCAGCGGAAACGAAAAAGGGACAAGAUACAAAGACAAAUGUAGACAAACACAAUGACGAAAAGUUUACAACAGCAGAAAAUAUGUUGGAACAUAAACAAAAGACAGAGCAGGUGGCAGGUACAUAUGGAAAUCCAGAAAAUGAUGACUUGACAGAAAGAAGAAAUGACCAACCUAGGAAAGCAGCUGACACGACAGUUACCAAUACUGAAGCAGUAGGAACAAAGCAUAGAACUGAUCAGCCGGACAAACCAGAAACCACUUUAGACGAAAAACAAACAAAACAUGAAGAGAAACAAACAACAGCCGAAGGGAAGCAAUUAACAAUUGACGAACAGCUAUCUCCGAAUCAAGCUUCAGGCAUACCGGACAAUACUCUUAUUCUAGAACAACUUCAAUCAAAUUUCGAUCACUUUCAAAAACAAGUUGUUAGUAAAACUGAUGGUUAUUCGAACAAACUGCAGACUCUUGAAUUAAUGGUUAUUCGACUGGAGAAUCAGUUACUGAAGGAGAAACUUAACAAAAACAAUCAUUCCAGCACCAUAACAAGGAUGGAAAAUCACAUCCUUAGACUAGAAAAUGAAUUGCUUAAACUAAAUCAGAGUUACAAUGAAGUAAAAAAGGAGAGCGAUUCAAUGGUGCAGGAUAGAAAGAAAUAUUUGCAACUCGGCCAAGGAUCCCAACAGACGCCAGCCUAUGGCUAUUCCGUAAUGCGUGGACGAGCUCACCCUGUCAGUAUCGACUUUCAGGCUAAGAUCAGCUACUUGACAAACCUACUGAACAAUCAGUCAAUGACUAUCAGACAACUCAAAACGCGAUCUCAGUAUUUGGAAGACCAGAACCGACUUCUUUACAAUAUGAUCAUGAACCAAACAGCGUUGAUGACCCAGAUCAUGACACGAGUUCAGGAUCUCACAGAGCAAAAUAUACAACAAAGAAUAGAGGCACACAAAAUCCGGCAGCAGAUGGAGCAAAUAGUAAGCAAAAGUAGCGUGGUCGAAACGACCGACAAGUUUUUAUUGAAUAAACUGGAGGAAAUGGUGUCAGAUGUUCAAAAAAGAACAAUAGAUGAAGACGAUAAGGUCAAUCUGGGACGAACAAAAGCGCCCACCGUAAAGGAUAAGUCUGAAGAGGAACUCGAAAAAUACAUGCAAAAUGAAAGUGUGUUGCCAACUGAAACCUGGUGCGGGCCUUCAUCUGGAGUUUGCAUUCCAUUUUCACUAUUUCAAUGGAAAACAUGUGUAGAAAGCAAAUCCGAUGGAAAAGAAACGCGUAAAAGUAUCUCGAAAUUAUCAGGCAUACCAAAAGGUACAGAACAUAUAACAAAACGAAAGUCCACUGCCAACUUAUCUUCAGUUGAUGUCAAACAAAAGGAAGAAGAUACCUCCUCGAACGACGAAAUGAAAAAGGAUUUUCCUUCUACAACAAAAGUAACAAAUACAAAAUUGGAUUCAACUCAAACCAAUACAAUAGAUACUAAAGUGAAAGACACUCCAGUAACUGAACAGAAGGAAAGGGACUCCAAUAAUGGUGUAAAAACACAACUUGAAAACAAAGAGAAUGAAAAGGGAAGAGAUUCCGAUGCUAAGAAAAGUGAAGAAAUCAAAAAAGAGUUCCAAAAUAAAACUUCAGAAGCUUCUGCCAAGAGGACUGAGGAGAAUCCUACAAAAGUGAACGAAACCACUUUAACCGAAGGCAAAACAGAUGUCAAAGAUAUCGUACAAGAAACACCACAUCCAACUGAAAUGGAAGUCAAGUCAGUUAAAGAUACAUCACAAAAGCAAGGGGGAUCGGGUACGACCACCAAGGUAUCUACACAGCCAGAUUCAGGGAGUAAAGUAACAGCACACACACCUGAUGAUGGCGGAGAAAAGAUUAAAAUAUCACCGUCAAAAGAAGAUUCGAAUGUAGCUACGACAGAUAAGUCAAGUGAUGAAAAGAUGUCAUCACAUAUUAACACAAAAGCAGAUAACCCGGGGGAAUACGCUCCUCCUGAAACAACUGAAAAGGAAGUAUCGGGAAAAGAGUUGGAUGACAAAGUCGGGGAACUUAAACCGAGCGAGGACACCAGGCAGCAAAAGGUAACCGGUGCCUCAAAGGAAGCAACCUUAGAAAAAGGGACGACAUCUCAAAGCCCAGAACAGAAAAACAACAAACCUACAGAAAGUACGUACAAGAACGAAGAGAAUGAUGAUACAAAGGAGGUUAAAGAAACAAACGAUUUCAAGGAACUAACGAAGGAAACAUCAGUGAAAGGCGACGUUAAGGAUCAGGAUAGAAAGGUAAAGGAAUCUAAAACGGAGCUCACGAAAGAGGCGAUACCAGAUCUUCAGAAUAAACAACCAAAAAAGGAAAUACCGAAGGCGAAGAAAGACGAUGAAGCCAAAGUGGUAAAAGUUAAAUCUCAAGAAAAGAAACCAAAAGAGCCUUUGAAGAAGCCAAUUAAAUAUGAAGCUGAUGGACAGAAAGAGCCAAAAGAUUGUUACGACUACUACAAACGUGGUAACCAGAAGAACGGCGUGUUUAAGAUUAAACCAUACGGGAAACAGUCAAUGGUGGAGGUCUUCUGUGACAUGAAGAAUGGAGGAUGGACUUUGGUUCACAAACGACAAGAUGGCACGACCAAGUUUCUGAAGAAAUGGCAAGACUUUAAGGAAGGAUUCGGAGGCAUUCGAGGAGAACAUUGGCUAGGGAAUGAUCACAUCCACUACCUGACCAACCAGGAUCACUACACUCUAAGGAUAGAACUCACAGACUGGAACAAAACCAAAAAAGUCGCCGAGUACGAUUACUUCAUGAUCGAUGACGAGAAUGAAGGUUACAGACUUCAUAUUGGUGGUUACCAUGGCGAUGCAGGGGAUGGGAUGGCGAAGCACAACAACAAUAAGUUUUCGACAAUUGAUGUAGACAAUGACAAAGUCACCAAGGAAUUCGGCGGGAGUUGUGCCAAGCGUUUUAGUGGGGCUUGGUGGUAUUACAAGUGCUACAUGUCAAAUUUAAACGGAAUCUUCUACAGAAACGGCGUGAUACCGCCUAAACUGUUCGACGGUGUCGCCUGGAAACCUUGGACUGGUUCAAACUAUUCUUUGAGAAGUGCCGAGAUGAAGAUAAGACCGAGUAACAUCAGCCCAAAGUAAAAUCAUGUCUUUUUCUUUAUAAGCAACCGUGGAUUCAAUGCAUUCAAUUGAUAUUUUAUGAUAUUCACAAUUGGAGUCGAUUAGUGAUCUGUGAUGUGAAAUUGAAAUGCUGUGCAAUACUUUAUUCUUUAUUAAGUGUUUGAGUGGGUGUUAUGCGUGUAAUUGAGAGGGUGUUAUGUGUGUAAUUGAGUGGGUGUUAUGCGUGUAAUUGAGUGGGUGUUAUGCGUGUAAUUGAGUGGGUGUGAUGCUGUGAAAGCACAACCAUGAUCAACAUAUAUGCACUUCAAACAAUACUGAUGAACAUAUACUAUUUCAGUCGGAGGUUUUUGUUGAAUUUGUCGGAAAUAUUUCAGUGGACUAUAGCUCAUGAAGUCAAUAUAGGAAACGUGAGGAUACCUAAACUGGAAUGCUGCCAAAAACGAACCAUUUAUCGUAUAAAUAACAUUUCUAUUUUACACGACAAGUGUAUGAUUUCUAUUUAAAUCAAAAUCAAGAUAAGUUUAGUCUUUAAUCAAGAUAGGUUUAGUCUUUAAUCAAGAUAGGUUUAAGGUAUUUUGAGUAUUUUUUGUGUCUAUACUCCUUAUUUUUUAUCUGAUAAAACAUGCCAACCGGGAAUGAAAUUAUUCCCUGAAACGGUAUACUGUGACAACGCAAAAAUCUUAUCUCAAGGAAAGUAUUGUUCAAAUACAACACACAAAGGUAAAACAAGGUACAGUUUAAUGGCUGUCCACGGUCUCAUCAAUUGACCAAUAUGGUCAUCAGUUCCAUCUUGGUUUCCCUCACUAGUACUGUGUCCUUAUAAGACUCAUGAGACCUAUGCCGACAUUUCUUCAGUAAUUAUACUCUUGUCUCUCCUGCUUACCAAGUUGAGAUGUCACAAUCAAUUUCCAGACAAUGGCUUAACCUCAUUAUGGAUUCCACGUGUGUUUUGGGAAACACAUGAGGUCUAGUUUCGCGACUGGGACUUUUUAUUAAUGUCGUCCUUUGUUUUUGGUGUGUACUUGGUUUGCGGUUGUGUGGCGUCUUUCAUGAUGUGGUAUACUUCUGUGUCGACUUUGAGAGUAUGUCAUGGUGUGUUGACGAUGUGGUGUACUUUCUGUGUCGACUUUGAGUGUAUGUCAUGGUGUGUUGACGAUGUGGUAUACUUUCUGUGUCGACUUUUUCAGUGUAUGUCAUGGUGUGUUGACGAUGUGGUAUACUUUCUGUGUCGACUUUGAGAGUAUGUCAUGGUGUGUUGACGAUGUGGUAUAUUUUCUGUGUCGACUUUGAGUGUAUGUCAUGGUGUGUUGACGAUGUGGUAUACUUUCUCUGUCGACGUUGAGAGUAUUUCAUGAUGUGUUGACGAUGUGGUAUACUUUCUGUAUCGACUUUGAGAGUAUGACAUGGUGU